AUUUUCAAAAUAAAUAACCCUUCCCAGUUCCCACUUCACUCAAAAGUAGAGCAGUCAGAGAACAAGAAAUCGAGCAAAAAAACCCAUGGAGGAAGAAACGGAGAACCAGUUUUCAACCCUAUACGAGGCUUACAACGAACUGCACGUGUUGGCACAAGGGCUGAAGACGCCGUUCGACGCCCCGGCGGUGCUGGUGGUGGGCCAUCAGACGGACGGCAAGAGCGCUCUGGUUGAGGCUCUUAUGGGCUUCCAGUUCAACCACGUCGGCGGCGGCACCAAGACCAGGCGUCCCAUCACCCUCCACAUGUCCUACGACCCUCAAUGCGAGCUCCCGUUGUGCUAUCUGGUCUCUGAUGACGAUCCCUCUGUUGCCCCGGAGAAGUCCCUCCCUGAAAUUCAGGCUUAUAUUGAAGCUGAAAACAUGAGGUUGGAGUGUCAAUCAAGUCAGUUCUCAGCUAAGGAAAUCAUUAUUAAAGUAAAAUAUAAAUACUGCCCAAACCUUACUAUUAUAGACACCCCCGGACUUAUUGCUCCUGCACCAGGUCGAAAGAAUCAUGCAUUACAGAAUCAAGCUCGUGCAGUGGAGUCUCUUGUGCGAGCAAAGAUGCAGCAUAAGGAGUUCAUUAUUUUGUGUCUUGAAGACUGUAGUGACUGGAGUAAUGCAACUACAAGAAGGGUGGUAAUGCAAAUUGAUCCUGAGUUUUCGAGGACUGUUAUUGUCUCUACCAAGCUAGACACCAAAAUUCCCCAGUUUGCACGCUCAUCAGAUGUGGAAGUCUUUCUCUCCCCUCCUAAAUGUACCCUUGAUGGCUUCAUAUUGGGUGAUUCACCCUUCUUUACUUCAGUGCCUUCUGGAAGAGUUGGUUCUGGACAUGAUUCUCUUUACAGAUCGAAUGAGGAGUUUAAACAGGCAAUAACCUCCAGGGAGAUGGAAGAUGUUGCAUCUUUGGAGGAGAAGUUAGGCCGGAAAUUGUCAAAUCAAGAAAGGAAUAGAAUAGGAGUAAGCAAACUUAGAUUGUUUCUGGAAGAACUUUUGCAGAAACGGUAUAUGGAUAGCGUUCCUUUGAUCAUUCCACUUCUUGAAAAGGAGUUUUGCAGCACAACAAGGAAGUUAGAUGAAAUAAAUAAGGAUCUCAGCACUUUGGAUGAAGUAAAAUUGAAGGAGAAAGGAAGAGCAUUUCAUGACUUAUUUCUAACCAAGUUAUCACUGCUUCUGAAAGGGUCAGUUGUUGCACCUCCUGAUAAAUUUGGUGAAACACUGCUGGAUGAGAGAAUCAGUGGUGGGGCAUUUGUUGGUAUUGAUGGCCUUCAGCUUCCACACAAGCUAAUACCUAAUUCUGGAAUGCGUCUUUAUGGAGGUGCACAAUAUCAUCGUGCCAUGGCUGAAUUUCGUUUUGUUGUUGGAGGAAUCAAAUGCCCUCCAAUUACAAGGGAAGAAAUAGUUAAUGCUUGUGGAGUUGAAGAUAUCCAUGAUGGAGCAAACUACUCCAGGACUGCUUGUGUUAUAGCUGUUGCAAAGGCUCGUGAUACAUUUGAACCAUUCCUUUAUCAGUUGGGAUGCAGGCUGUUGCACAUUCUGAAGAGAUUACUUCCCAUCUCUGUCCAUCUUCUCCAGAAAGAGGGUGAAUAUCUAAGUGGUCAUGAGGUGUUUCUUAGGCGUGUUGUUUCUGCUUUCAACAAUUUCAUUGAAUCUACUGAAAAAGCAAGCCGGGAAAAAUGUAUGGAGGAUUUGGUGAGCACCACUCGUUAUGUAACAUGGUCCCUCCACAACAAGAAUCGGGCUGGGCUACGUCAAUUUUUAGACUCAUUUUCUGGCACGGAGCAGUCUGCUACGGUGGUAAAUUCUAUAGCUCCUAAUACUUCCCAUGAGUCAUCACCAGGGUCAGUUGCCACUGAGAAGCCUGACAAUAAACCAAGAACAGAUGUAAAGCUCAGUCAUCUGUCCUCUGGUGUGGAUUCCAGCUCUUCUGUUCCAACAGCAGAAACGAGGCUUGCUGACCUACUGGAUAGCACUCUUUGGAACCGUAGACUUGGUCCUUCAUCAGAAAGGAUAGUUUAUGCAUUGGUACAACAGAUAUUCCUUGGCAUAAGAGAAUACUUCUUGGCCUCAACUGAAUUAAAGUUCAACUGCUUUCUUCUAAUGCCAAUUGUGGACAAGUUACCUUCACUUCUACGGGAGGAUCUAGAAUCUGCAUUUACUGAUGACUUGGAUAAUGUAUUUGACGUCUCCAACAUAAGACAUUCGUUGGGCCAACAGAAACAAGAUACAGAAAUCGAGCUCAAAAGGAUUAAGAGGCUCAAUGAGAAAUUCAAGCUAAUACAUGAGCAACUAAGUUCACAUCAAAUAAUAUCAAGUAUGUUGCCUGCUUUAUCUGUCUGAAAUGUGCACCAAUUUGAUAGAAUAAAUGAGGAAUUAUAUGUGUAAUGAUAAAAUUUUUACUUAUUGAUUAUGAUUCGCUUUUAUGAAAUAUUUUAUCAUAUUAUCAUUUAUCAUAUAAUAUGGGAUUAUAUGUGUUUUAAAUAUGAGUAGCUAGCCAGUCCCAGCUGAGACUAGAGGGCUUGAGAUAGGACCGACUCGCCAGUUUAAUAUUUGUUUUAUUUGUUUAAAUUCUAAAGCAAUAAAUGACUGGAGAGCCUACAAUGUAUUUGGGACUACAGUCAAUGGCAAUUAUUUCCCUAGGGCAAUUUAACAUAAGUGAAUUGUCCUUCUACACUACUUUGUCUUAAUCUUUUGGGGAUGAUAGUCCGUGUCGUUUGUUAAC